AUGAAAUUCAAAUAUACUAUUUUCAUCUUUCUAUUCACAAUCCAUGGAGGAGUUUCCACUCCUCCAGCAGAUCCAAUUAAGUGUUCAUCAAACAACACCAACUGCACCAUCACAAACGCAAACGGUAUGUUCCCCGAUCGAACCAUCUGCAAAGCCGCCGAGGCUAAGUAUCCAACCUCGGAGGCAGAGCUCAUAUCAAUAGUCGCAUCAGCUUCCAAAAACAAUCAAAAAAUGAAAGUAACAACGCGAUACUCUCACAGCAUACCAAAGCUAGUUUGUCCCGACGAUAACGGAAUUCUAAUAAGCACAAAAAAUCUCAACCGUGUAAUAAGAAUCGACCGGGAAUCGAUGAGAAUAAGUGUUGAGAGCGGUGUGACAUUGAGACAGAUCAUUAGUGAAGCUGCAAGAUAUGAAAUGGCUCUACCAUAUACACCAUAUUGGUGGGGUUUAACAAUUGGAGGAUUACUAGGUACAGGUGCUCAUGCAAGUACAUUAUGGGGUAAAGGAAGUGUUGUUCAUGAAUAUGUUAGGCAUGUUAAAAUUGUUAGUCCUUCAGGAUCUGAAGAUGGAUUUGUUAAAGUUCGAAAUCUUGAUGAAUCUCAGGAAGAUCUUAAUGCUGCAAGAGUUUCUUUAGGAGUUCUUGGAGUUAUUUCUCAGGUUACCUUACAAUUACAACCCAUCUUCAAACGAUCACUUACAUAUUUAACAAAAAAUGAUUCUGAUUUAGGUGAUGAAUUAAUCACUUUUGGAAGAAAACAUGAAUUUGCAGAUGUAUCAUGGUAUCCAAGUCAAAAAAAAGUUGUUUAUAGAAUCGACGAUCGUGUCCCUUUAAAUACUUCUGGAAAUGGUUUAUAUGAUUUCACAGGAUUUCGGUCAACACUUUCCCUUGCAUUAGCGGUUGUUAGAGGAACAGAGGAAAUUCAAGAAACCGGAAAUGAUGCUAAUGGGAAGUGCAUUAGUGCACAGUUGAUAUCUACAACACUUGCUGCCUCUGGUUAUGGAUUAACUGACAAUGGAGUCUUUAUUGGAUAUCCUAUUGUUGGAUUACACAACAGAAUGCAGUCAUCAGGAACAUGUUUGGAUAGUUUGGAGGAUCUAAUGAUAACAGCGUGUCCUUAG